CUCCAUCUCCCAUCUCAAACAAACUUCCAAUUAGAGACAAUUCACAAAACAUACUUCAGAUUCUUCCCUCUGUUGAAAGACGAAUUGGGUCUCGAUCAAAAUUAGAAAUAAUGGAUUUCUCAGGCAUGUUUCUCACUUUGGCCUUGGCGGCUCUGUUUCUCUGUUUACUCCGGUUCUUAGCCGGAUUCCGUCGUAGCUCCUCCUCUAAACUCCCUCUUCCUCCGGGAACAAUGGGUUAUCCUUACGUCGGCGAAACAUUCCAGCUUUACUCACAAGACCCUAAUGUCUUCUUCGCAUCAAAACAGAAAAGAUACGGAUCGGUGUUCAAGACUCAUGUACUGGGAUGCCCAUGUGUGAUGAUCUCGAGCCCUGAAGCUGCCAAGUUCGUAUUGGUUACGAAGUCUCAUUUGUUUAAACCUACUUUCCCGGCGAGCAAAGAGAGGAUGCUCGGAAAGCAAGCCAUCUUCUUCCACCAGGGAGAUUACCAUGCUAAACUCAGGAAGCUCGUCUUAAGAGCUUUCAUGCCUGAUUCAGUCAGAAACAUGGUCCCACACAUCGAAUCAAUUGCUCAGGAAUCUCUCAAUUCCUGGGAUGGAACUCAGCUCAACACUUACCAAGAGAUGAAAACAUACACUUUCAACGUGGCGUUAAUCUCAAUACUCGGACAAGACGCAGUCUUUUACCGUGAAGAUCUGAAACGAUGCUACUACAUUCUUGAGAAAGGUUACAACUCGAUGCCGAUUAAUCUCCCGGGAACACUAUUCCACAAAGCCAUGAAAGCUCGAAAGGAGUUAGCUCAAAUCCUCGCUAACAUCUUAGCCAAAAGAAGACAGAACCCAUCCACGCACAAAGAUCUUCUUGGAUCAUUCAUGGAAGACAAAGAAGGGUUAAGCGACGAACAAAUCGCUGACAACAUAAUCGGAGUUAUCUUCGCGGCAAGAGACACGACAGCGAGUGUGCUGACGUGGAUCCUCAAGUACUUGGCAGAUAAUCCAACUGUCCUUGAAGCUGUCACUGAAGAACAAAUGGCGAUAAGGAAAGGGAAGAAAGAAGGAGAGAGUCUCACUUGGGAAGAUACAAAGAAGAUGACACUAACUUCUAGAGUUGUCCAGGAGACAAUGAGAGUUGCUACAAUCUUAUCUUUCACAUUCAGAGAAGCUGUUGAAGAUGUUGAAUACGAUGGAUACUUGAUACCAAAGGGAUGGAAAGUACUGCCACUAUUCAGAAAUAUUCAUCACAAUGCUGAUUUCUUUUCGGAUCCGGGAAAGUUUGAUCCUUCAAGAUUUGAAGUUGCGCCGAAACCAAAUACAUUCAUGCCAUUUGGGAAUGGGAUCCAUUCUUGUCCGGGCAAUGAGUUAGCUAAACUUGAAAUCUCUAUUCUAAUCCAUCAUCUCACCACUAAGUACAGGUGGUCAAUUAUGGGACCUAGCGAUGGAAUUCAGUAUGGACCGUUUGCUCUUCCUCAAAAUGGAUUGCCUAUUGCCUUAGAGCAAAAACCAGAGGUGGACGUUUAGAAAAUUACAAGAGCACCUUCGUAGCUUUCUAAAGUUUGAAAGUGGAAGAUUCUUUUUCAUUCGAGUGAGAAAAUUACUUCAUUGGCUAAGAAAUAAAAAAAAUAUUAGAGAUGAAAAGGGAAUAGGAAAGGAAAAUCCCUAUUGGGAUCCCAAGUGUAUAUAGUUUUCAGUGAUUUUAAUAUUUUUAGUUUAGGUUUAUGAAAUGUAGAGAAUUAAAUUUUGGGAGCAAUACGAAAACAGGUUAUAUAAUUUUUAACGUGUAUGUAAGCUGGCUAGUCCGUUAAUGAGACUUUCCCUCCUUUUGUUGUUAUUUCUCUCAAAUUGUAAAUUAUUUUGUUAUAUCAAUGCAGUGAAUAAAAUUACGGAA